AUGGACUAUACAGAUCUUGCUGAUAUUGCUCGACAAUUAUCUGACCUUGAAGUAGCCAUUUUACUGUGCCUUGUUGCCCGCGAACAUUGCUUGAUUGAGACUACCAGCCACUGUAUUAAUGACCUGGCCAAAGAACUCGCCUUAAUCGGCUCAACCACCUUCAAUUAUUUAUACUGUAUCCUGGACUGUUCAUCUGCAACAUCUAUUGACGACAUCUUCAAUGACGUUCUCACCCCGGAUGCACGCGCAAACUAUCGCCCAUCGCGUCCGUGGUUGACCACUGAAUCAUCAAGCAAACGUUCUUCCUAUAAGAGUCUCGGGGAUUACAGCAAAUCGCCCACUCCCUUCUCACAACUCAGCAGUAAUGUUGUCAAUAUUGUAGUCGCCAAGAACUUCAAUUUUGUCAGUGAUGAUAUCCAAAUGCACAUGUUGCAGUUAAUGCGAUCGAGGGAGUUGGUCACCGAAAGCGGGACCCUGAUUGCACCCCAGGACUUCCUUUUCAUCCCUCUUGUGGCGCGGGAUUUCGAUCAGCUCAAACCACCUUUAAAACCACACAUGAAUGACAAUCUCUUCAUUUCUCAUUUCCACAGCCCAGAGGAUGGGUAUACUUAUCUUGAAGAGAAUGACUGGCUGUCAGAUGGACAAAUUUCCGCUUCCUCUGUUAUUCAUAAGUCGAAGGCCAAGCAGCCGAAGAGUACUACGGUCAGUCCGUUGGUGAUGGAACAACUUCGGGAAACAAGUGCGUCAGUGAGCAUGAACGCAGAAGUCGUUCGAUACAUCCAGGAUAUCGUUGUAUUUCUGCGGCUCAGUCGUGCUGUUGCAGGUGGCGUAUCUGCCAAUGCAAAUAUUCAAUUUUCUCGAUUUGCACAACUUCUAGCUCCUUUGCAUGGUAUCGAUUAUCUGACUCCUUCCAUUGUGGCCCUAGCCGCCAGGAAAGUCUUUCGCCAUCGCAUUAUCGUCACACACCCCUGGCGAAGACCGCAGUCUGCAGUACGGAAGUAA